CAGUGGCCUCUGCCUGCUGCCUUGGGCACAGGGCUCCUGGUCGCUGGCCGUUGGUGACGAAGGGGGCUGUGCCCCAGAGUUAAAUCAGGAGGCUGACGCUGACUCCUGGCUUCGCUGCUCAGACGUGGAGGCUAAAUUUAGAUGGGGCUGGGGCUGUGUGUCCAGAGGCCAGGUUAAGGAGAGAGCCAGCCUAGCUAGCUCCAUGAGAUUUCUUGCUCCUUGCUCCCCCCAGGCCGAGUGGGAGGUUAAGCAGGACUGGGCACCCAGAGCCUCCUCUGCCUUGGCCCGGUCCUUUGGCCUGAGGUUCCGGCCAAGCUGAUGCUGUGCUGGCAUCUUCAACGGUACCCCCACCGCUGCCAUCACACACACCCAUAGGCCGACUUCCGCUGAGCGUCUGCUUCCCCUCCACUGUUUCAGGAAGUAACCUCCCUUCCCCUCUGAAGCACUCCUGCAGGCCUCCGGCCAGGCUGCAAGCCACCCACCGGGCUCGUUCCCAGCUGCCGCACCCUGGGUGCCCCCCGGACCCUUGGGUUUCCUACUCCCUGGGGUUGGGCGAUGGAGGCAGAUGCAGUGAGUGAGGGGGGGGCCAUGGCAGAGGAGCGGCCCCCCCGGCUGGUGGAUUACUUCGUGGUAGCUGGGCUCGCAGGGAACGGAGCACCCAUCCCCGAGGAAGCACGGGUUCCUGAACCCAGCGGUCCCCUGCGCCCUCCCCGGCCUGCUGAGCCCAUCACAGAUGUGGCAGUCAUCGCUAGGGCCCUGGGCGAGGAGGUGCCCCAGGGCUACACCUGCAUCCAGACUUCUGCUGGAGGCCACCCCUUGGAACUCAGUGCCGGGCUCCUGGGUGGAACUCAGCCCGUCAUCUGCUACCGCAGGGGCCGUGACAAGCCCCCCCUCGUUGAGCUGGGGGUGUUGUAUGAGGGGAAGGAACGGCCCAAGCCUGGCUUCCAAGUGCUGGACACAACACCCUACAGCCACUCAGCCAACCUGGCCCCUCCAGGCCCCGGGCACCCCCGCACCUACCUCACUUACCGGCGGGCAGCAGAGGGGGCAGGGCUGCACGCCCUGGGCAUCACUGACCUCUGUCUGGUGCUGCCCAGCAAGGGUGAGGGCACUCCCCACACGUACUGCCGGCUGCCACGCAACCUCAACCCUGGCAUGUGGGGCCCAGCGGUGUAUCUGUGCUACAAGGUGGGCCUAGCCAAGGGCAACACGUUGGUGUACGAGGCAGAGCUGUUGGGCCGCUACCCGGAGGAGGACAACGAGGCGUUCCCGCUGCCCGAGUCCGUGCCAGUCUUCUGCCUGCCCAUGGGUGCCACUAUCGAGUGCUGGCCUGCCCAGACCAAGUACCCCGUGCCCGUCUUCUCCACCUUCGUGCUCACGGGUGCCGCUGGUGAUAAGGUGUAUGGUGCCGCCCUGCAGUUCUAUGAGGCGUUCCCGAGGGCCAGGCUGUCGGAGCGGCAGGCACGGGCGCUGGGCCUGCUGAGUGCCGUGGAGCGGGGCCGGGCGCUGGGCGGCCGAGCUGUACGCAGCCGGCGAGCCAUCGCCGUGCUGUCCCGCUGGCCCGCCUUCCCUGCAUUUCGCGCCUUCCUCACCUUCCUCUACCGCUACUCCGUCUCAGGCCCCCACCGCCUGCCCUUGGAAGCGCACAUCUCGCACUUCAUUCACAACGUCCCCUUCCCCUCCCCACAGAGACCCCGCAUCCUAGUGCAGAUGUCUCCCUACGACAACCUGCUCCUCUGUCAACCUGUGUCUUCACCCCUGCCCCUCAGCGGUGCCAGCUUCCUGCAGCUGCUGCAGAGCCUGGGCCCUGAGCUGGCUGUCACACUGCUGCUGGCCGUGCUCACGGAGCACAAACUGCUGGUGCACUCGCUGCGGCCAGACCUGCUCACCAGUGUCUGUGAGGCCCUUGUCUCGAUGAUCUUUCCGCUGCACUGGCAGUGCCCCUACAUUCCGCUGUGCCCCCUGGUGCUGGCAGACGUGCUGAGCGCCCCUGUGCCCUUCAUCGUGGGCAUCCACUCCAGCUACUUUGAUCUGCAUGACCCCCCGGCCGACGUCAUCUGUGUCGACCUUGACACCAACACGCUCUUCCAGACCGAGGAAAAGAAGCCCCUCUCCCCUCGGACCCUGCCUCGCAGACCCUACAAGGUUCUGCUGGCCACUCUGACUAACCUGUACCAGCAGCUGGACCAGACAUACACUGGACCCGAGCAGGAGGCCUCCCUGGAAUUCCUGCUGACCGACUACGAGGCAGUGUGCGGCCGCCGGGCCCGGCUGGAGCGAGAGGUCCAGGGUGCCUUCCUCCGCUUCAUGGCCUGCCUGCUCAAGGGCUACCGGGAAUUCCUGCGCCCACUCACCCAGGCCCCCUCGGAGGGCGCUCGCGACGUGGACAACCUUUUCCACCUUCAGGGCUUCCUGAAGUCCCGCGAGCGCUCUAGCCACAAGCUGUACUCCCAGCUGCUGCACACACAGAUGUUCUCCCAGUUCAUUGAGGAGUGCUCUUUCGGCUCUGCUCGGCAUGCUGCCUUGGAAUUCUUUGACUCCUGCGUCGACAAGGUCCACGCCGAGCAGGAAAGGCCUGAGCCCACUCCGUUGGUGGAGCUGGAAGAGUUGUCGGGAAGUGAGCUCACCGUCUUCAUCACGCCUCCCGAGGAGCCCCCGGUCCCAGACAGCAGCGAACCCAUUCCCCAGUUCUGUUACGAUGGGUUCCCAGAACUACGGGCUGAGCUGUUUGAAUCUCCCCAAGAGCAACCUGGGGCACUGCCUGUGCCGGGCACCUCCCGGAGUGCCCCCAGCAGUCCUGCCCCUCGCAGAACCAAACAGGAGAUGAAGGUUGCACAGCGGAUGGCACAGAAGUCAGCGACCGUGCCUGAGCUGUGGGCCCGGUGCCUGCUGGGGCACUGCUACGGGCUGUGGUUCCUGUGCCUGCCUGCCUACGUACGAUCGGCACCCUCCCGGGUACGGGCACUGCACACGGCCUACCAAGUGCUACGCCAGAUGGAGAGCCGCAAAGUGGUGCUCCCCGACGAGGUGUGUUACCGGGUGCUGAUGCAGCUCUGCUCACACUAUGGGCAGCCUGUGCUGUCUGUGCGGGUCAUGCUGGAGAUGCGGCGGGCGGGCAUUGUGCCCAACACCAUCACCUAUGGCUACUACAACAAGGCUGUGCUGGAAAGCAAGUGGCCGUCGGGCACACCGGGUGGGCGCCUGCGCUGGGCCAAGCUCCGGAAUGUUGUCCUGGGAGCUGCUCAGUUCCGCCAACCCCUGAAAGAGCGGCGGCGGCAGCAGCAGCAGCAGCAGCAGCAGCCGGCAGCACAGCAAGAGGCAGGCAGCUCCCAGACAGAGCCCUGUCUGGAGCGCCCCUCCCCUACCCGCCCACUCCAGCGCCAGACUACCUGGGCUGGGCGAAGUCUGAGGGACCCAGCCUCCCCUGCGGGGCGCCUGGUGAAGAGCGGGAGCCUGGGCAGUGCCCGAGGCGCACAGCCCACUGUGGAGGCCGGUGUGGCCCACAUGAUAGAGGCCUUGGGGGUGCUGGAACCCCGCGGCUCACCUGUGCCCUGGCAUGAUGGAAGUCUCUCAGACCUGAGCCUUACCGGGGAGGAGCUGGCACCUGGGGGCAGCCCAGGGGGUUCAGGCCCUGCCUUGAGUGCCCAGUCCACUGAGGCCCUGGAAGGGCUAAGUGGCCGCGGGCCCAAGGCUGCUGGGCAUCAGGAGGAGGCGGGCACCCCCCGACGAGGGCUGGGUGCUCGCCUUCAGCAGCUGCUCACCCCCUCCCGCCGCUCCCCUGCCUCCCGCAUUCCCCCACCUGAGCUGCCCGCUGACCUGCCACCCCCAGCCCGCCGCAGCCCCAUGGACAGCCUCCUGCACCCCCGGGAGCGCCCUGGAUCCACUGCGUCCGAGAGCUCGGCCUCUCUGGGCAGUGAGUGGGACCUCUCAGAAUCUUCUCUCAGCAGCCUGAGCCUCCGCCGUUCCUCAGAGCGCCUCAGUGACACCCCUGGGUCCUCCCAGCCACCUUCCCUGGAAAUUCUGCUGUCCAGCUGCUCCCUGUGCCGUGCCUGUGAUUCGCUGGUGUACGAUGAGGAGAUCAUGGCCGGCUGGGCACCGGACGACUCUAACCUCAACACAACCUGCCCCUUCUGCGCCUGUCCCUUCGUGCCCCUGCUCAGCGUCCAGACCCUUGAUUCCCGACCCAGUGCCCCCAGCCCCAAGCCGACCCCUGCUGGUGCCAGUGGCAGCAGAGAUGCUCCCGUCCCUGGGGGUCCUGGCCCCGUGCUCAGUGACCGUAGGCUCUGCCUCGCCCUGGACGAGCCCCAGCUCUGCAACGGGCACAUGGGGGGUACCUCCCGGCGAGUGGAGAGUGGCGCGUGGGCAUACCUGAGCCCCCUGGUGCUGCGUAAGGAGCUGGAGUCGCUGGUAGAGAACGAGGGCAGUGAAGUGCUGGCGUUGCCUGAGCUGCCUGCUGCCCACCCUAUCAUCUUCUGGAACCUUCUGUGGUAUUUCCAACGGCUGGGCCUGCCUAGUAUUCUGCCGGGCCUGGUGCUGGCCUCCUGUGAUGGGCCCCCAGCCCCUCAGGCCCCACCUCCUUGGCUAACCUCUGAUCCAGCCUCUGUGCAGGUGCGGCUGCUGUGGGAUAUCCUGACCCCUGAUCCCAAUAGCUGUCCACCUCUCUAUGUGCUCUGGAGGGUUCACAGCCAGAUCCCCCAGAGGGUUAUGUGGCCAGGCCCAGUACCCGCCUCCCUUAGUUUGGCGUUGUUGGAGUCAGUGCUGCGCCACGUUGGACUCAAUGAGGUGCAUAAGGCUGUGGGGCUCCUGCUGGAAACUCUGGGGCCCCCUCCCACUGGCCUGCACCUGCAGAGGGGCAUCUACCGUGAGAUCUUAUUCCUGACAAUGGCUGCUCUGGGCAAGGACCACGUGGACAUAGGGGCCUUCGACAAGAAGUACAAGUCCGCCUUUAACAAGCUGGCCAGCAGCAUGGGCAAGGAGGAGCUGAGGCAGCGGCGGGCACAGAUGCCUACGCCCAAGGCCAUUGACUGCCGGAAAUGUUUUGGAGCACCCCUGGAAUGCUAGGGUCCCUGAAGCUGCCCUCUCCAGCCCCAGGCGGGGUGGUGAGAGAGCAAGGACUCUAGAGCUAAGCUGCUUCCCCGCUCCCUUCACAGAGGAGUUGGGAACAGGCCACGGAGCCUGUUCAGCCACAGGCUCCGAGAGGAGGCAGCAGAGAGGGGGACCCGCUGUUAGCAAAAGGCACAGUUCCUCCAUCUCCAGCCUGCCCAGUUUGUUCAUGCUGAUGUUGCGGGAGGCCUGGGGGAGCUGGUACAGCUCUGUUCCUCCCCUGUCCUCCACCAGGCACUCCCUCCCAGGGCACACACAGAUCUGCACUGCCCUGGUCAUCAUAGAAGUUUUUGUUUUAAAAAACAACUGGAAAGAUACAGAGCUCCCGAGCCUUUGCCCUGAAUGGGAGGGGGGAGGGGGUCUCAUUCCCCACCGAUGGUGGGCCCUCUCCCCUGGCGUGGUCGAAGGAGCCCAAGGCUCUCCGUGCUUUUCUACCUUAGUGUUUGUAUUUUAUUUUAAGUUAUUUAUUCAGGAGCCACAGCCCCCUUGCUUAAUGAGGUUCUUAUGGAGAGCAGGGGAGAGAAGAGAAAUGGGGCACCAUGGUCCACGGGUUUGUAGCUCCUUAACAGGCAGCGGGAGAGCCCCUUACGAAGUACUGGUACCCUCUCCAGUCCUAAGCCUCCGUGUCCACUCCGCCUUGGGAAAUGCCUCCCCGACCUGGGGCCCUGGCCUGUGCAAUAAGGCUCAUUCCCUGCAAAGUUUGGAUGUAAAUAUAGUAAAAGCUGCUUCUGUCUUUUUC